GCUUCUCCGCCACCGCGCCCCGUCCCGCCCGCAGCGGCCUGGGGAGAAGUAGGGGAGGUACGCGUGUCACCCCCCCGCUCGCCACGGCGUGGUCGGCCCCGCGGCGCGCGGCGCCCCCUGGCGACGGCGGCGUUGCCGGGCGGGGCUGAGGCCGCCCAUGGCCGCGGCCGGGGGCCAUGGCGGAGCCGCCUCACAGAGCCGCCGCUCCGCGGGGCCGCGCCUGGCAGCGCCGCGGCUCCGCGCACACCGCUGAGGACUGCACGGACCCCUCCGGUUCGGGCACGGACCCCUCCGGUUCGGGCACGGACCCCUCCGGUUCGGGCACGGACCCCACCGGUUCGAGCACGGAGCCCCCCGGUUCGGGCACGGAGCCCCCCGGCCACGCUCGCUACGGUUUGGGCACGGAGGCUCCCGGAGCGCAGGAAGACACGGAGCCCCCCGGCCCCGCUAGGGACGGGCCGGGCACGGAGCCCCCCAGCCACGCUCACAGCGGUUCGGGAACGGAGCCCCGCUGCCCGCAGGAGGACGCGGAGCCCCCCGGCCCGCGGGAACACACGGAGCCCCCCGGCCCGCAGGAACACACGGAGCCCCCCGGCCCGCAGGAACACACGGAGCCCCCCGGCCCGCAGGAGCACGCGGAGCCCCCCGGCCCGCAGGAACACGCGGAGCCCCCCGGCCCGCAGGAACACACGGAGCCCCCCGGCCCGCGGGAACACACGGAGCCCCCCGGCCCGCAGGAACACGCGGAGCCCCCCAGCCCGCAGGAGGACGCGGCUCCCCCGCCGGGCCCGGAGCUGUCGCUGGUGCCGCCGGAGCUCCGCGCGCGGCUGCUGGACCGGCGGGACUACCGGGGCCGCGCUCAGGCCGUGGAGCAGCUGCGGCGGGCGCUGGAGAGCUGCAGCCCCGCCGCGCUGGGCGCCGCGCCCGCCGCCGCGCUGCUGGGGCUGAUCGCGCUGCUGGACGCGCUGCUGCACGACCCCAACUUCGCGGUGGCGCGGGGCGCGCUGGAGGCCACCCGGCUGCUGGCGCUGCGCCUCGGCCGCCGCGUCCCCGCCGUGCUGGCCCCGCUGGUGUGCGCGGCCGCCCGGGCGCUGGGGGACGCGCAGCCGGCCAUGCGGCGGGACGGCGGGCGGCUGCUGCUGCGGCUGAUGGCGGCGGCGGGCCCGCGGGCCGUGCUGCGCCUGCUGCUGCAGGAGCGGCUGCUGCGGCACCGCAGCGCCCGGCUCCGCGAGGAGCUGCUCAACACCUGCACCGCCGCGCUGCUCGCCUACCCCGCCGCCGAGCUGGACCUGCCGCAGCUGGCGGCCGCGCUGGCACCGGCACUGCUGGAUACCAAGCGCAGGGUCCGGCACGCCGCCAUGGAGGCGCUGGCCGCGCUGGCCGCCGCCCUGGGCCCCGGCAACGCGGGCGCGCUGCUCCGCGCCCUGGACGCGCUGGAGCUGCGGGCCGGCGGCGCGGGGGUGGCCGACGCCGUGCGGGCCCGGCUGGCCAGGAAGGCGCUGCCCCGGCUGGGCGAGCGGGGGCUGGUGGAGCACGGCGUGCCCCUGCCCUCCUCCGGCCGCUGCCGCGGCACCUGCCCGCCGCCCGCCGCCGACACCGAGUGGCUGCUGAUGGGCAGCAGGAGCCGCAGCGCGCACGGCCGCUGCGGGCACCCCGCCUGCCGCGAUGCCCCGCACGGCCCCGCCGCUGCCCAGCGCGGAGCCAGCCCCAGGAGGGUCCUGAGCGCCGGCAGAGCGCUGAGAAACAAGCUGCCCUGGGAGAACGAGCCCGCUGCGGACAGAGAAGGAGGCUCGGGGGUGAGGAUGCCUGUCACCAAGGGUGUGGAGCAGCUGGCCGAUGGUUUCCUGCACUCCCCGAAGCUGCAGCCCUCGCAGGGAAGCCCAGGCAGUGAGGAGCUGCUUUUCAGCAGGAGCAGAGCUUCCAGGGCUUUACUGCAGCCCGGCGUGGAGCUGAACUCGGAGCUCUCUGCCCUUGGUGCUGGUGCUCUGGGCUCUCAGCAGCCCCAGAUUUCAGGGAAAUGUGGGACACUUGGAUACCCACAGGCACGUGGGAAGAGUGGCAGUGUGGGCUCUGAUCUGCAGUUUUUGGGACUGAGUAACUGUCAGCAGGACAAAGUUUGUUCCAGCCUCAGUUUUUCCAGCAAGACUCAGAGAAGUUUUUGCACUCAGGCAGAGCCCACCAUGUCCUUCCAAGGUCCCAGUGCCAGCCAGGGCACCUUCAUCCUGCCCUCCUUCCCCCUGUCAUCCCCCAGGAACGGCCCCAAGCACCUCUCAGCUCCUGCUGCCCCUGCAGGGAAGUCCCAGGAGGAUCCCAGGAGCCUCUCCAGUUCCUGGCCUCUCAAAAGCUUCCAGGGGCUGCCUAAGCCUGGUUGCCAGAAGCAGCUGCUCAACCAAAAGCCAGGAGACAACACAGGGGACAGCCUGCUGGAGAAGCCCCCCCUGCAGCUGGAGAAGGCCCCCCUGCAGCUGGAGAAGCAUUCCCUGCAGCUGGAGAAGCCCCCCCUGCAGCUGAGGAGCGCCCUGGGCAGGGCCCUGGGGCUGCGGGGUGCCCGGCCCGUGCCCCCCGUGCCCCCCAUCCCUCCCGGCAGCAGGGAGGGCACGGAGCUGGCAGCGGGGCUGGCAGAGCUGCGCCUGCAGCCUGAGGAGGUGGACCAAGAAGAGAUGCAGAAUUCCCUGCGGUCCCUGCGGAACAGCGCGGCCAAGAAGAGGGCAAAGCUGAGCAGCAGCAUCGCCGACCUGGAGAGCCCCGACUCUGGGGUGAAACUCGAAUUUUCCGGGGACUGCCCCUCCCAGGGCUCCUCCCCCACCGGCGACAGCGAAAUCUCCAGCCAGGAAUCCCUGGGCUCCCCCGUGGCCACGCUGCCCCCCAGGAGGAGAGUGAUGUCAGACACUUUUCCAGCACUUGGCAGCAAAUCCCAUCCUGCAAAAGUAUCUCCAGCAAGGCCCAGAGACACAGAGGGGGCAGAGCAUCCCCCCAGCACAGGCCCUGCAGAGUCAGUGCCUGGUUUUGCACCCAAGAACCAUCUGGGUUUCACAUCUGAAGACGUUGCUGUUGUUGGCAAAGGUGUUUUUGGGAGCCCUCCUGCCCCAGCUCCCAGCCAGUCCAUGCCCUGUGUGGCCAGUGGGGAUGCCCAGGGUGCCAGGGAGGGGGCAGAGGCAGCCCCAGGGAGAAGCUUCCAGCAGAACAGCCCUUCCCAUUCCCGCUGCCACGCAGGGAAUGAAGGAGAGAUAAAAGUGACCUUGUCAAAAUCUGCUCAGGAGAAGCUGAGGAGGAAGAGGAAAGAAGACAAAGAACACAACCAUAAAGAGCAGCAGGAAGGCAAAGACGUGGAAGGGAAGGAAGAAUUCCCUUGGGAAAGGAUUAGACUGAGUAUGAGUGAACCAGAGAAACUCACAGCAGAAAGGUUUAAUCUCUGUGGGGAUUUACUGACAUCGCCAAGAAAUGGAUCUUUGUCCUUAGAAAAUGUGGCCUUGAACCCUCCCCUGAAAAGAACAUCCAGUUUGAAGAGGUCAAAGUGUUCAUCCUUGCUAGAUUCUGGUGAGCCGUGUCCCCGGGGCCGCUGCCGGGAGCCGCGGGUGCCGCAGAGCCCCGAGGUGCUGGACCCCUCCGAGCUGCAGCCGCUGGCCCGGCCCGAGCCCGCGCUGGCCACGGCGCUGGCGCUGCUGGCUGAGCACGACUGGGAGAAGAAAAUUGAAGGUCUGAACUUUGUCAGGUGCUUGUCUGCCUACCAUGCCCCUAUUCUGACUGCAAAGCUCCACGAAACAACUCUGGCUGUGGCUCAAGAGGUCAAGAAUUUACGCUCAGGUGUUUCUCGAGCUGCUGUGGUCUGUUUAGGGGAUUUGUUCACCCACCUGAAAAAGAGCAUGGAUCAAGAAGUAGAUAAUGCAGUAAAAGUCCUUUUGCACAAAGCUGGGGAAUCCAACACUUUUAUAAGGGAAGAGGUAGACAAGGCACUGAAGGCCAUGGUUAAUAAUGUGACUCCAGCACGUGCACUUUGUUCUCUUAUAAAUGGAGGGCAAAGGUAAUUCCUAUAAAGACUUUAUAAAGAAUAUUGUGAAUAGAAUAAACUUAUCAAAUGUAGGCUUUUUAACAUCAAAUCAGAGUGCAGUAGACAGAAAUUUGAAAACCAGUAAAUCAGCUGUGCUAAAUCUCUACCCAGGGCAAUGUUUGUUGGCAUAAAUUGAAUUAAAGCCUCUCUGUUCCUUU